AUGGCUAUGAAUAACGGCACCGGGGCGAGCGAGGCGGGUCGCAGUCGCACAGAAGCGAAGCAGUCGAAUGGGAAUGGUGACCACCGAAUGUCGGAACAAGCUAUGUCGCCAUUGGAUAAUAGUUCGCCUACCUCGACCUUUCACCAGCGCUCGCCGGCCACGAACGAGAUUAGUGGGAUGUCUGCUCCCAGCGUCGAUGGGCGUCGCUCUGUGGUUGACGGAGCACGACCGCAGCGGCCAGCGCCUGCUGCGAAUGUGACAGAGGAAUGGCUCUCUGCGGCACAUCUUUCUCCUGACUCUUAUGAUCUCUUAGGGGGUGCAGCUGCGGGUGCUGGGGAACCGCCUUUGCCUCGGCUUAUGGAUAUUUGGAAUCCGGUUGAUUUGGCUGGUCAUAGAGUGAGCCAGCGACCGCCGCCUAUACCCUCUGUGUCGGGUGGGAAUCACUCGGCGCACAGUCAGCCAUCAUCUUCGCGGCCGCCGUUGAAGUAUCCUGUGUUGGAACCUCUUAUGCCUUAUCUCGAGUCGAAUCUGCCGCGUCGACUUGUUUGCGAUUUGCUCGAGCUCUAUUUUACUAGCGCGUUCUCAACUCACAUGCACCCUGUGUGCCAUCAUAUUCACUGUUUCGUGCUUCGGAAGGCAUCUUUUCUUAGCGCCGACCGUCCCAGGCCUAGUAGCCCUGCGCUGUUGGCUAGUAUGCUCUGGGUUGCUGCUGUGGAUGAUCGGGCUUUCUCAUUGUCUAUAUCGCCUUUACAACGUCGGAAGAUAUGUCAAUUCUUGUGUGCAUUGAUUAUACGAUUGCUUCGACCUCUGAUUCACGUUGCUUUCAAGGAUCAGGAGGCGUCGCCUCCGGAGAAUGUCACUGCUCCCCAGGACUUUUCAGCUGCCGCAGCUUACCACCCAUUCGAAGGAGUCGGUGAUGAUAAAGGACUGGUGGGUCCUGCUGGUUCUCUGGACGAUGUCAUUACCUACAUUCAUGUUGCCUCUAUUAUUUCAUCCAGCGAGCAAAAGGCAGCAAGUAUGAGAUGGUGGCAUGCGGCCUUUACAUUAGCCCGAGAACUUAAACUGAACCAGGAGAUGGAAGUCCGGUCUAAUGUUGACUGUCUGACUGACGGUUCAAGUCCGUCUUUUGGCUACCCGUUGGGAGGGUGGCCUGGGUCACCGGGUGGCAUGGCCUUCCACUCAAAUCCCUCGCGACCGAGCUUGAAUUGCGUAUGCGAUCAAACUCAUGAUCCUCACAGUAGUCCUAUCACGGAAGAGCAUCGUGAAGAGCGGCGCAGGACGUGGUGGUUGCUGUAUAUUAUGGAUCGCCAUCUCGCGUUGUGCUACAAUCGCCCACUUGCCCUCCUCGAUGCUGAAAGCGAGGACCUACUGCUUCCACUCGAUGAAAAUGCAUGGCAGGCUGGAAUAAUCCACACAAACAGUCCCCGACCCGAUGGGCCCCAAUGCCUCCGGUCUGGCGAUCAGAACAAACGGCGGGUCUUCCCAAACUUUGUCUGCCACGACCACUCCAUUCUUGGCUUUUUCCUCCCUCUCAUGACGAUAACUGGUGAAUUGAUUGACCUCAACCAAGCCCGAAACCAUCCUACGCUUGGUGCCCGACUUCAAGGCAAAGAAGCAUGGGAUGUCCACGUUGCCGAGGUUCUACGCCAGCUGGAAAUCUACAAAUCCAGCCUGACCACUUUUGCCGCGGCAGACUCUGAAGCUUCAUUAUCAAGCGGGUAUCCCAAUAAACCAGACCAGCCAGUCGACGCGCAAAUGUCUCAGGCCUAUUCUUGGCACACUCAAACCGUGAUCGCCUACUCGUCCUACCUCGUCCACGUUCUCCAUAUCCUACUAGUCGGCAAGUGGGACCCUGUCUCACUAAUCGAAGACAAAGAUUUCUGGACAUCAUCGCCAGCCUUCGCAUCCACAAUUUCCCACGCGCUGGAAGCCGCCGACUCGGUGCAACAAAUCCUCCGCUUUGACCCGGACAUCAGUUUCAUGCCCUAUUUCUUCGGCAUCCAACUCCUACAAGGAAGCUUCCUCCUCCUACUAAUCGUCGAGCGCCUCCAAAAAGAAGCCGGCGAAGGCAUCCUCAACGCCUGCGAAACAAUGAUCCGAGCCACAGAAUCCUGCGUGGUAACCCUAAACACAGAAUACCAACGCAGCUUUCGGCAAGUGAUGCGCAGCGCAGUCGCACAGGCCCGAGGCCGCCCGGUAAACCCGAGCGAGAUUCGGCACCGCCGCAAAGCAGUCCUCGCCCUGUACCGCUGGACACGCAAGGGCACCGGAUUAGCCCUCUAA